UCCUGCCCUUGGAUACAUGGGCGGGACAUCGUGGAAACAAGACUCCAGCGCAGGGAUUUUUGUUCACUGAAAACUGAGUUGGAAUCCUGCAACUCUUUCAUCAACAUUUGACUUCAGAAAAGAAACAUUCGAAAGAGUCCGACUUGUGUUUGGAAAGAGAUUUGGAGCGAGCAUUGGAAUUGCUGAAAAGGCCUAAUAAGACUUUUCACCAUGUGGAUACAUUUGGUAGCGCUGGCCCUCCUGGCCACAGCAGCAUCGGCCGCCACGGCCGAAUCCGCCGACAAAGUCCUGAGUAAAGCCGCCACCACGUUGGCUGACAACAGCGCCAACUUAGCCUUCAGUCUUUACCAAGAAAUGGCAAAGGAGAAAAAUGUGGAAAACAUCCUUAUUUCUCCUGUGGUGGUGGCCUCCUCAUUGGGUCUGGUGGCCCUUGGAGGAAAAGCCUCGACUGCUUCUCAAGUCAAAAGUGUUCUGAAUGCAGCCAAAGUGACAGACGAGCGGCUGCAUUCCGGCUUGGCCGAGCUCCUGAGCGAGGUGAGCGACCCCGAGGCACGUAACGUCACCUGGAAGAUGAGCAAGCGUCUGUAUGGACCCAACACUGUUAAAUUUGUGGAUGCCUUUGUGAAAAGCAGCAAAAAACAUUACAAUUGUGACAACUCCAAAAUCAACUUCAAAGAUAAGAAAAGUGCUUUGAAUGCCAUCAAUGAAUGGGCUGCUAAGUCCACUGAUGGCAAAGUGCCUGAAGUCACAAAGGUUGUAGAACAGACUGAUGGUGCCAUGAUCAUCGACGCUAUGUUUUUCAAACCUCACUGGGAUGAGCAGUUCCAUCCCAAGAUGGUUGACAAGCGUGGAUUCAUGGCCUCCCAUAGCCACACUGUUUCAAUAGAGAUGAUGCACCGCACAGGCUUUUACGACUUCUACGACGACGCGACCAAUAAUGUGUUGAUUCUGAACAUGCCGCUGGCUCAUAAGAAGUCUAGUGGGGUGUUCAUCAUGCCACAUCAAGUGGAAAGUCUGGAGAGAGUUGAGAAAAUGUUGAACAAGAAGCAGCUGGAUAGUUGGCUGAGUAAGCUGCAGCAGACACCAGUGGCUUUGUCAAUGCCCAAAGUGAGCAUGGAAGUCAGUCACAACUUGCAGAAACAUCUUGACAAGUUGGGCCUGACAGAGGCAGUGAACAAAUCCAAAGCAGACUUGUCCAACAUCUCUGGGAAAAAGGACCUCUACCUGUCCAGCGUCUUCCAUGCAGCCACCAUGGAACUGUCCACGGAAGGAAAUGAGAUGGACACGAGCAUAUUUAGCUCUGACAAGCUGAAGUCCCCCAAACUUUUUUAUGUCGACCAUCCUUUCAUCUUCUUGGUCAAGGACAAGAAGACCAACUCCAUCUUGUUUAUUGGCAGGAUGGUCAGGCCAAAGGGAGAAAAGAUGAGGGAUGAAUUAUAACCACAUGCCGACUUGUCUUUAUUUACGUGUGUGAGUGUGCGCGUGUGCAUGUGUGUGUGAGAGAUAGUUAGUUAGUUAAGUACAUUCCUGUCACACACUGAUACCAUUCCACAAGCAUUUGAAAAGGAGUGUCUUUAUUCAGAGCAUCCUUUAAGACGGUAUCAUUGGUGCAACGUUGUCAAAUGACUUUGAAUACAAUUUACUUGAAUAAAAUAAAAAAGGCUGUCUCGGUG